GCAUUGCGGGUGACGAUUUGACGAUUUUACACCAAAGGUUGAUUCGCAAUGGUUAAUGGGAUAUUGAGCAAAGAAAGUAACGAUUCGCGGAAACGCACUCGUCAAGACAACAGUCAGACCGACGAAAUCCUGCUCGAAACUGAACCAGGUGAAGUCCCUUGGGAGGACGAUCAAGAUGAUAUCGAGGUGGCCUCUGAGGCGUCGCACACAUCCGAUUCUCAAUCCGUGCGUUCGGAGGCGACAUCUAGGAGCGACACGCCCACUGUUGGAAGUCGACCUGGUCGAAGAGCAGCUGCUCCUGGCGGAGGAGGUGGGGGAGUCAGUCGGAGGAGUGCCAAAGGCCAUCGCAAACAAGGGUGUUCCGGAGUGGGCGUGGCUGGUCCCAGCAAAGCCUGCGGUAAAUUGGCUUACAAAUGCACAGGCUAUUGGAAAGAGGACCAUGGACAGGUAAGUUAUAAGCAUUAUUUCAUUAACACUUCAGUUUAAGCAAUG